UUUGGGUCAUCACAGUUCCACACAAUAGCACAUUUCUCCCUUAAGAAGGAAAGAAAAACACCACAUUUCGCACCUUGUCGCUAAGCAGAGAUCCAUCGUGAGUGUGUCAAAAUGUGUAAAGUGAAAAUUUUGAGAACGUUGGUGAAGCAGCGACUUAACGUGGCCGUCGAAGAGAUUUUCGGACUUUUCGAAAGAACCAUCGCGGAGUACGAGGAGGAACUUUGUCGAACCAAAAAGGAGAACGAGCGACAACGCGACCUACUGGACGCUAUUCUCAACCCUCAAGUUCGACUGGACAGAGCAGAUGUGCAGCAGGUGUUGGUGGAGAGUCAAGAAAUGGGGGAUGAGCCUGCGGAGCCCCCCCACAUUAAAGAGGAAGAGGUGUGGAAUAGUCAAGCCUGCCAGGAGGCUGGCAUCACCAUGCUCACACUAUCUGGUGUCCAUGUAAAGACCGAAGACAACAACGACGGUCAGCCUUUGCCACGUCAAAAUGAGGACAAACGAGGCGGCAGGUCGGGACAAUGCUUGUCAGCAGAAGCCGAAGAUCUCCACUCGCGAGCAAACUACUUGGCGCCGCUAUCUGAUACGGAAGAUAUGAUGUCCCGCUCCUCGGACACCGACAACACUAAAGAAAUUUCGGACGCCAAAAGUGACAAAAACCGCAAAUGCUCCGAAUGCGGUAAAACGUUUCUCAGUACAAGCGAUUUAAAAAAACACAUGGUCACGCACACGGGUGAGAAAGCGUUUGCGUGCUCAUUGUGCAAUAAAAGAUUCGCCUUUAAGCAUCGCAUGCUCAGACACAUGAAUAUACACACGGGCAAGCAUGCCCAUUUCUGCUCAGUUUGCGGGAAAGGAUUCCGAGAUAGGUAUGACAUGGAAGCUCACAUGAGCAAAAACGGCUGCCGGAAAAAUUUGGCCGAGAAGCUGUUCGGCUGCCGCUUGUGCGAUAAAAGAUUCACCAACAAGAAGUACGUGAGGAUCCACAUGCGGUCGCACACGGGCGAGAAGGUGUUUGCUUGUGACAUGUGCGCUCAGAGUUUCACUUAUAAAUAUCAGCUGGACAAACAUCAGUGCAGCCCUUGA